CCUCAAUCUUCACGUCCGAGAUCGUGAUCGCUAGUACUCACCAAAACGGAAUCCCUCCAACUUGCCCCUUGAGCCCUAACCUCAUGCGCUUCCCGGGCCUGAGCUCUCCCCUUCGCAUCUUCACCGUACCCCUCCGAUCGCAGCCCGCGCGAUCCCUCCGCCAUCAUCCUCGCCCCAUCUCCGGCGCAACAGUCCUGCGAGCCGCGCCCACGAUCCCCUUCCUCGGAUCCUUCUUCAGUUCCAGCGCCAAAUUCAACACCCAAGACGACAGCAACAUGUCGUACCCCGACCAACGCAGCCCGGAUGCGUGGCAAGCUGUCCUAAGUCCCGAACAAUUCCGCGUCCUCCGCGAAAAAGGCACCGAGCGACCCUUCACGGGCGAAUACGACGGCCACUACCCGUCCCAGGGCGUCUACAACUGCGCCGGUUGCAAUGCGCCCCUGUACAAAGCAUCACACAAGUUCAAGUCAGGCUGUGGCUGGCCCGCGUACUUUGAUUCUAUUCCGGGGGCGGUUACAAGACAUACGGAUAGUUCGUUUGGGAUGGAACGGACGGAGAUUGUCUGUAGUAAUUGUGGGGGGCAUCUGGGACAUGUGUUUAAGGGUGAGGGGUAUCCGACCCCGACGGAUGAGAGGCAUUGUGUGAAUAGUAUUAGUUUGCGGUUUAAGGAGGAGGGGAAUUAGGGGGUGGUGUGGUUGGGGUUUGGUGUAGAUUAGUGUAUGUAUGUGUUGAAGUAAAUGAGAUGAGAGAUG